AUGAAACGGGGGAAUGUAGCAGUUAGUGGUUCACCAAAACCUGCGCCUAAUCCAGAUACUUUAUCUGUAAAAACAACAACAGCUGUACCUGUUACAAGCAGUCCGCUAGUGCGACCGACUGCGACAGAUAGUUUUACGACUCCGAAAGGGACGUCACUCAUGGCAGGCGCCUUGGGACCAUUAUCUCCCCAUUCCCCACACAAAAUAUUAAAUCAACAAAUUGAAGAAUGUCUUGAACAGUUGUUAGCUUUAAAUCAAGGCAUGAAUAGAACAGACAUUGCUUCAAUGAUAGCAGCCUUGCCAAAAACACCGCAGUCUAAUGAACGCCCAAAUCAAGCAGCAUCACUACAUACAGGGCCUAGUACUUCUAGUACAUGGUCAAGGUCAAGGUCUCCUAUCAAGAAAGAAAUUGUUACACCAAAAAUAUCUCUGACCAAAAAUAUUUCGCACCCAGAACCAGUAGCAGAUAAGUCAUCAUAUAGUCACGAAAGCCAUUCAGGAUCAAGCGACAAAAAUUUAGGCGACAGACAUGUACACGAAGAACCGACCAAAUCCAGCGACUGUAAUGUUACUGAUAAACAUUCCACACGUCACAGGCCAAGGUCGCCCAAACAUCAAAGAUCUGAUUCAAGGCAUAGAUCUACUAGACACAGAUCUUCUAGAUCUCCGUCUAGACAUAGGUCAGAUGAUACUAAAUUACAACAUCAACAUCCACACAGUGAAAAGGUGGACAAAACAGCAAGGUCAGAUGACACUAAAUCCGGUAGUAAAGAAAAAAGGUUAAAAGACACUAAAUCUGGCAAAAGAACACCAAGGUCAGAAGAUACUAAAUAUAAAGAAAGAUCUUCAAGACAUCAGACAUCUAGACACUCGAACAACAAAAGGUCAAGGUCCUAUGAUAGGUCAUCGUCAUCUGAAAGUUCAAGAUCAUCUGAAUCAUCAAUGUCAUCUGAAAGGUCAUCAAGGUCAAGUAGUAGGAGUAGCAGAUCUGGGGAUAGACACAGUUCAGGAAACCAUCAUAGUAAAGCAAACUCCAACAAAAGGUCAAGGUCACGAUGUACUUGCAUAAAAUGUAAAGAGACAAGACAUAGUGAUAAAUACAGUUCCAGAGCUAAGGAAUCUGCAUAUUAUGACAGUAGAAAAACUUUUUCAAGACAUAGGUCUUCUAGAUCUUCGUCUACAGAUAGACAACAACACUUUCGACCCCAACGCAGUAAAUAUGGUAAUCGACAGUAUUACUACAGUAGUUCAGAGGAAGAUGAUUAUGAUUACCAUAAAUAUGUGCCAAAGUAUCAAGAAAAGCGGGGCGACACAAAGAAACUUCCUAAGAAUUUAAGGUAUGAUGGGAAGUCCUGUUGGUUGUAA